ACGGUUACGCACGUGUUCAGUGAAACCGACAGCCGCUUGUUUCCUCUUUACGAUAUUUCAUUAGGAUUGCUCAUCAUGUCUACCGUGUUGCAUUCAUUAGGCGUAGAAGUACGUCGUGUGGGCCCAUCCGAGGCGAGGGAGCGGGUCUUUGCCGUCAGACCGUUUGCAGAGGAAGAGGCCAUCCUGACGGAGCUCCCCGUAGCUGCCUGCCAGCUGGCCUGGAACCGGGCGUGCAAGUAUGCCGCCUGCGACCUCUGCAUGCGGCCCCUCGAGUCAGCCGAGGCAAAUGCGCGCCGCCUGGCAGCCCAGCCUCGGCUCAGGUUGCCCCAGCCGGGUUGCUGCACAGCACGUCCUCAAGAACAUGUCGCCUGUCCUGGAUGUCAAGCAGCAUACUGCAGUGAAGCGUGUCGUUCCAAGGCCUGGCAACAGUACCACCAGGUGCUCUGUGCAGUGAGCAAUGAGCCCAGCCGCCCUCUGCACAAUCUGCUGGAGGCCUGGAAGACUAUGCACUACCCACCAGAGACCACCACUGUGGAGCUGGCAGUAAGGAUAAUGGCUGCCUUUGUUCAAGCUGAGAACAAGAGUAAAGCAGUGACUGAGCUCGAACGCUUUGCCUCUGGCUGCACUGCCGAGGAGCAGUGCUCUAUUUUAUCCAGACUGUUGGGUGACAAGUGGGUCGAGCGGUUGAGGACACUGCGUGACCUGACAGCCGCUGUCUUUCGUGGCCACCCCUGCGUUACCUCGUGGCUUUCAGAUGAAGGAUUCCGCUCCCUGAUGGCAUUGGUGGCAAAGUGUGGCCAGGUCAUCGGCACAAGUGCUCUGAGUGUCUGGGUGAAGAACUGCAAUGAUCUUGAGCUUCCUGAUGCAGAACGGGGUUCCUUGGAUGCACUCAUUGACCAGGUCUACGAAGACAUUGAGAAAGAGUCGGGCGCAUUCCUGAACAAUGAAGGUGUUGGGUUAUUCCCUCUUCAAAACCUAUGCUCCCACAGCUGCGUUCCGAACGCCGAGUCAUCGUUCCCACACAACAACCAUGUCCUCAGCUUGGUGGCACUUCGUGACAUACAACCAGGGGAGGAAAUCACUGUUUCCUACCUGGAUGACUGCAGCUUGAAUAGAAGCCGUCACAGUCGAGCCAAGCUUCUCAGAGAAAACCAUUUGCUCAUGUGCUGCUGCAAACGGUGUCAGGAAGAAGCCGAUCAACCAGAUGUUACUAGUGAUGAAGAAAUGGAUGAUGAAAGUGAUGAAGAGAAUGCCACCUGACCACAGAUGUUCUUGGGACACUGCCUUGUGUAUAUAAUACACUACUUCU